GACACACAAGAUCAGUUCUCAUUCAACAGCACAAACGAAUUGAUCGUGAUCGGUCUCUGCUUACGAUUUAAUUGCGCACAAUAUUAUAUUAAGUCCAGAGCAAAAUGCUCAAAAUAUUCGGACUUACUCUUCUUGGUUCGGUUUUAAUCUUGAUAACUUCAGCUAGUGAUAAUGCAAAAGCAAAAUAUUCCUGGAAAGAAAAAUACCUGGACAAUGUUCCAGUUGAUCAUUUCAAUUACGUGACAGAUGCUACUUUUUCAAUGCGCUAUUUGAUUAAUGAUGAAUAUUCGAAGAAUGAUAAUACGACUCCGAUCCUAUUUUAUUGUGGCAAUGAGGGUGACAUUGAACUCUUUGCCCAAAACACGGGCUUCAUAUGGGAGAAUGCACAACAAUUAAGCGCAUUAAUCAUAUUUGCCGAACAUCGUUAUUACGGAAAGUCGUUGCCAUUUAAGAAUGCCUCCUUCGAUAGUCCACAGCAUUUUGGAUUUCUUACAGCUGAACAAGCUCUGGCCGACUAUGCUCAGCUUUUGAAUGAGAUUACAGGUGGUGCAAAUGACAGACCGGUUAUUGCCAUUGGUGGGUCAUAUGGAGGAAUGUUAGCAGCAUGGUUCCGGAUGAAGUAUCCGCAAACUGUGACGGGAGCACUAGCGGCAUCAGCACCAAUUUGGCAAUUUAAAGAUCUGACACCAUGCGACAUUUUUACAAAAAUUGUAACUUCUGUUUUUAAGACAUCGCUGAGUUCAAAUUGUAGCGAUAAUAUAAAGAAAUCUUGGAAUGUUCUCAAAAAUUUUGCAUCGAAUGACACUGGACGGUCGGAGCUUAAUUCGAGGUUUAAAUUUUGCAAGGGCCAGGAAAUUACUAAGCCCGAUGACAUCGAAGAAUUUUUUGACUAUUUGGAAGACGUUUACGGUAAUCUGGCCAUGGCCAACUACCCCUAUGCAAAUGAAUUCUUAGCUCCAUUACCUGCUUAUCCGGUUCGUCAAUUCUGUUUCUACUUGUCUCAGACCUAUGACAAGGAUAAGGAACUUCUAGAGGCACUUCAAAGCGCAUUGAGUGUUUAUUAUAAUUUCAAUGGGGAAUCCAAGUGUCUAGAUUACAAAUCGGCCUAUUCUCCAGCUUUGGGAGGUUCAGCUUGGGAUAUUCAGACAUGCAAUGAAAUGGUUAUGCCGAUGUGUUCCAAAGACGAUGGCAAUAUGUUUCGGAAGAAAGAUUGGGACUUUAAAGCCUAUUCAGAUAAAUGUUUUAAGAAAUUCAAAAUUCGACCCAGGGAAGAUGAGAUUUUGAUACGUUUUGGUGGGAGACACAUUGAAUCAUAUGGCAAGAUAAUUUUCAGCAAUGGUCUUCUUGAUCCAUGGAGCGGUGGUGGUGUACUUAAGACCACAAAUGAUGAUAUUACAAUCAUAAUUAUACCCGAAGGAGCACAUCAUUUGGAUUUGCGAGGAGCAAUGCCUGAGGAUCCGAUAUCAGUAAUCGAGGCAAGGAAACGUGAAAUUCGAAUUAUCAAAUCUUGGAUUGCAGAUUUUUAUUCAACAAAACUAAAAGAAAGAAGAAGAUUUAGGAUUUAGUUUUUUAUGUUUUUUUUUUUAAUAAAGCUUUAAUGCAUUGCAUUUCUCGAAUUCAACUAA